GGCCGUGCGAGGCGUCUGUCCCGGCAGAAGAAGAGGAGAAUGAGAACCAUGCGGACUCUGCUGCUCCUCUCUCUCCUGGCUGGGAUCUCCUCGAACGCCCCGCCGCCCGACGACUGCAGCGGGAUGGCCGUCCGUCUGAGGACGUUCCGGCUGAUGAAGACGUGUAACUUCACCACGCUGAAGGACAAGCAGCUGCAGGAGAUCCAGGCUCCGACCACCAACCUGUACCUGCCGGUUCUCUACCUGCUGGCGUUCUGCGUGGGGCUGCCGGCCAACCUGCUGGCUCUGUUCCUUCUGCUGUUCAGGACCAAGAAGCUUCCGUCCACCGUCCUACUGCUCAACCUCACCGCCACCGACCUCAUGCUGCUGCUGGUGCUGCCGUUCCGCAUCGUCUACCACUUCAAGGGGAACCACUGGGACCUGGGAGAACCGUUCUGUCGCGUUGUCAUGGCGAUGUUCUACGGCAACAUAUACGGAUGCGUGCUGUGCCUGGCGCUGAUCGCUCUGGAUCGCUACGUUGCCGUGGUCCACCCGUUUGGCGCCAAGAGGCUGCGGAGCAAGCGCACGUCGCUGUACAUGAGCGCGUGCGUGUGGCUGGCGGUGCUGGCGGCCAUGCUGCCGCUGCUGCUGUCCCAGCAGUCCUACCGGCUGGACGAGCUGCGCAUCACCACCUGCCACGACGCGCUGCCCGAGCACGAGCACGAGAACUACUUCCUGCCCUACUUCGCCACCUUGUUCACCCUCUGCUUCCUGCUGCCCUUCCUGGUCAUCCUGUUCUGCUACGGCGCCGUGCUGCGCACCCUGGUGGCGGCGGGGCGGCGCUACAGCCAUGCGGUGCACGUCACGCUGCUCAUCCUGUUGGUGUUCGUCCUGUGUUUCCUGCCCAGCAACAUCCUGCUGCUGCUCACCUACACUGACAGCUCACUGGAGGGCGACGGCGAGGACCUCUACGUCCCCUACAUGGUUAGCUUAGCCGUCAGCACCUUCAACAGCUGCAUCGACCCCUUCAUCUUCUACUACGUCUCCGACGACUUCAGGGAAAAGACAAGGAACGCUCUGCGUUGCCGCGGCGAUGCCAAGACACUCUCCUCAAGAAACGAUGUCUCAUACUCGUCGUCUUCAGGAGCGAGGACGAAGGUCACGCUGCUGUCCAUGUCCAGCCAACGUGGGGCCUGAGACGGAGAUGUGGCGCCACGCUGCAGAUGCUAUGAACACCGACAAACUGAUAAUGUUGUCAUGGUGCAGUGACAUCAUGACGUCACCUGCAUGUGCAUGGCCUGAUUUAUACAUCAUCAUUAUUAUUAUUAUUAUUAUUAUUAUUAUUAUCAUCAGUGUUAUGAUAUAAAACUUCCUGCUUGUUUUAUCUGAAUUUAUAAGACAAACAGGCAGACAGACAGGCAGGCAGACAGGCAGGCAGGCAGGCAGGCAGACAGG